AUGUCUACGCCAGGUAGAGGUAUGAAGAAGGAUGCGCCUAGCGUCCCCCGCGGUUGGAGUCGUAGAGGAUCAGCCAGAGCUAGUUCACAACCCCAAUCCCAGGCCUCACAAUCCCGUUCACAGCAGGGUACAUCAUCGCCAUUCGUGGAGCCCCAGAUAACUAGUUCAUGGGCCCAGCAAGUCCAAGCGGAAAACACUCCACCGCCCUUGCAGCGCACGGAUGACAAAACGAAGAAGGAUAAGGAAGGAAAGAAGUUGGAAGCGGAGAUUUCGUCGGCAAUCGCGAAUUUAAGCGUCGAGAAGAAGAAGCCGGACGAAGAAGAAAUGGACACCUCGGAUGUAGUUGUAGUUCAGGAGAAAAACCGCGUCCGAGCAAUUAAGAUACCGGACAAGGAAACUACUCCAGCACGACCCUCGGACUUUGAAGCGGUUGCCAGAAUAGUUCAUAUUCUCCAGACGUUAUUGGAGCUGGUUGAGCACACCACUCAAUCAUUCCAUAACUUGGCAGUAAUCCUAGUGAGAAGACAACCCCUAGAUAUAAGACGCCUUGAUGAUAAGAGCCACGGACCAGUACCUGCAGACAUCUACGGUGGACAGACGUCUCCAGGAACAGGCCCGCGAUCAAGGGCGCCCAGUAGUUCAGCGGACAACGCAGCGACCUCUGAGAUCCAUCGAGGUUCCGAAACUGCCACCACCUACUACAUGGCCAGAGGAAACACCCAUAUUCCAAGCUCCAAGCUCCUGUGCCCCCCCAGGCUGGACGACAGUCCACCUCCACUGCGAGAUCCAGCUACGAGCCCGCAGGAUUGGGCAAAAGGAGACACGGAAGAGAUAGUCCAAGCCGCGACGUAG